AUGGCCAUUGCCCUAACCAUUGUCUGCGCGUUCACCGAGGGGCACAUUCCCGACGUCACGGUGCGUGCCAACGGCAUCUAUGCCUUCGUCGUUAUCGUAAACAUUGCCGUUUACGGCUUCACCUGGGGUCCGAUGCCCUGGCUGCUCCCCGCUGAGAUAUUUCCCCUGAGCGCUCGCAGUAGGGCAUGGCGCUCGCCACUUGCCACUUGCUCAAACUGGGUGUUCAACUUCGCUACUGGCAUUUCGGCCCCUGACACAUUCGCGGGCAUCGGCGGCUAUUACUAUGUCAUCAUUACGGGGUUCUGUCUGAUACCAGUGGCGGUGGCGAAGUUCUAA